GAGUUCGUACCCAAAUGAGGCACCAUGCUGAAAUACAGGCCUCUCUCUCACUCUCUCAUCUUCAGCCCAAGGAUCUGCCACCGCAUCACCCUCUCAGGUGAGUGAUCCGUUUUCAACCCGCUCAGCGGUCACAUCGGACAACCGACUCGAAGACUCAAACCCUCAACUUCAGCCAGCUCUGUCAACGUGUCUGAGUCCAAGCUGGAGGCGGCUCCGCGGGGAGCCCUCUUCGAUCACCAGGGACGCGUUUCCUUUGCCGUGAACUGUCUCCACUUACAUUUACCCACACGCCGAAUUACAGACAUAAGUCAUGAGGAGCUUUCUCAUAAAAAGGAAUGAAUAGUGAAAAAAAAAAAGAAAGACCCGACAUCAAAACUCAAUAGGGAAGCACAAAAAUAGUUAAAUACAUGAGAAGGAAGGCAGUUAUCAUUAUGUUUUACAUGGAAAUGAGCACCUUUUUGUUUUGUUUCAAUAACAGCAAACGUGUAGCACGUGUUUAUGAUGAGGACACGUUGCGCUGAUCAUCGGGCUGUGACAGGUGCACUGCGGCGGAGAGGGUUCGAGUCCGCGCGUCUUUCACAGACCGCUGACUCGAGAACAACAGGACAUGAUGUUUGACUUGCUGCUGAGGGCCCGCUGGACUUCAGGCAUGGCUUUACAAGGUGUCUAAAAAGAAAAAAAGGAAAGGAACCUAUCCUAUACCUGCAAUGCGGGGUUCUUGUCCAAGGACACAUCGACAAGCAGAGCCGGGGCUCGAACCGACGAUUCUCUGGUUGAAGGACGAACCCUGCUCACCCAUCUAUCCUGAAACUUGCUUUCUACAUGCUCUUGGCAACUUCAUCUCAGAGCAGCCUCUUGUGGGAUGUAUACGCUCCAUUAAAUGUACAGUAGGCUACACAGUACUUUACAGUGAACUAAAAGUUAAACAGUAUAUCAUACCGAAACGACAUAUCCAGAAAAAUGGAUUACCAGUCACGCACCAUCGCUAUUAUUAUUAUUUAGUUAUAUCAACACUCGUCUUUCUAUGUUGUCGUUUGUGUUGGUCAGUGUGAGGGUCAUCAGGGCUGAUGGAUGGAAGCUGCCGUGCGGGUCAGUACCGGGAUGCUUUGAUCAGGGAAUGUAUUGGUUGUCAGGCAGCAUGCAAGCGACCACACGUCAUCGCCAGAUGCAAAGGUUACUGUGAGUCUGCAUAUUGUAAAGCACGGGCUGGGCACUACUAUGAUAUGCUGCUGAAGAAAUGUGUGAGGUGCGCUGAGGUUUGUGGCAGACAUCCGGCACAGUGCUCCCAGCACUGCCAGACUCCAACCCCCCCUGUGAUCACUAAAGACCUCCUGGUUCAAGUUACCCCACACGUGCCGAAUUCCAGAGGGCUCUCGACGCCGACGGCCUUGGAAGACUCCACGAUCCUGCUCUACUCCCUGCUGGCCCUGAGCAUGAUGCUGCUGUUCUCUAGCUUGUCUCUAGCUUUUGCAGUCUUACUGAGGGGGCCAAGGACCAAGACCUCCAAUCCAAGACCCAAAGGGGCUAACCACCACCAGCCAGGCCAAGAGGUUGGCCAACCAGGGAAGAACGCCAAAGAUUUAGUGACACAUUCAAACCUCACCGCAGGCCGUGAGCCAUCAUAUGACCCCAGCCCCACCGAGACCUGCGUGUGUGUCCACUGUUUCCCCGAUCUGAAAGCACUAGGCCAGGGCAACGACAGGCCGCUGGGAGCACCUUACACAUUCCACCAGCAGGCCGUCCUACACGAAUCCCCGAUCGACAAGCGAGGGCCUCUCUGGUCCGAGGAGAACCUGUACACCUCUGGACUGGAGGUACAGGAGGAGGCUGUGGUGGGAUGAGGCUCAUUUGCCGUCUCACGGGACAACUGUCCAAAUGUGUCGUCAGCUCACAGUAGAAGGCAGACGGCGUAUCAGAUUCUCAAUGACACUGCGGAUAUCGUCACAGGCCAGUGUAAAGCCCACGUAUUGGUUUCCACGGACAGUGGGGCAUGGAGUUGACUUGUGAUGAGAAUCCAUGUGUGUCGAGGGGCCUCUCAUGAAAAGGUCUUUUUGGGGCCUUGACACACCAACAGCGAAGAACUGAUGAAGACCGACUGACGCUCUGCCUCACAUUGCCCUCACAUUGCCUGCCACCGAUUCAACACGGCAAAUGACCGCGAGAAGGACCGACUGGUGACGACUGGGUCACGGCCACCCACAAGAGAUAAAUGAAGGCCGAGCAGCAUUCGAUGGCCGACUGUCAUCUUCAUAUCACAUUUCCAUAAGAAAUACUUUCAGAAACACAGUCACAGGAAGACACUACUCGUGUUCAUUGCUUUUCCAACAAAACGAGUGAAAACACCACGGUGGGUGGUCUAGAGGACUCCUCUGUUUGGGCUUCAAGUUUAGAAAUGUGUCUCAGUACUGACAUAAAUAUGUAGUGUAUGUAUGCAUGUUAAUUGUGUUAUGUAUGUAUAUAUAUAUAUUUGUGGGGUGAUGGAUACCGUUGUACUUGUUUUGCCCACAAUGAGGAACAAAUAAAACCUUGGUGUCAGAAACA